UUUUUCAUUUUUCGAUUUAUUGAAAUAGAAAGCUCAAGAGAUUAGGAUGGUUUAAGAACAGGCGAGUUAAUAUAUUUCAUGCAAGAACAAACCAGUAACAAAGUUGAAACCACACAAGCAAUGAAUCAUAACAAGCAUUAAUAAUGGAAAAUAAGUCUCAAAAAAGAUUUCCGUGCUUACAGUGUAAGAGAACAUACAGUCGUAAACAUGAUAUGGAAAGACAUGUCGACAUUUGUCACACCGCUACCGCAGACAAGCCUUUCAGGUGUGAGCAGUGCAAGUUUGUGUUUAGUACAGAAGAAAAGUUAAGAACUCAUGAAAAUGAUCAUUCACAAGAAAUGAAAUUCCGCUGUCAAAUUUGUGACAAGGCAUUCAAAACCAGUAACACUUGGAAACGGCACAUGAGGGCUCAUCUUGAUCCAAAGCCAUUCGUUUGUCAGAUAUGUCGGCGUGAAUUUGGACGUGAGCACGACAUGUAUAGACAUACAGUCAGGAUGCACACAGGGGAGAGGAAGUUCCAGUGUGAUAUGUGUCCUUCUAAAUUUGCAUGGUUCAGCGACCUGACCAUUCAUAAGCGUCGUCACAAUGUUAUGGGAAAAUUCAGGAAAAGAAGGAAGUUAGGGGCAAAUGGAGAUGUUUCAAAAAAAGUGAAAAAGAAAGUUCAAUUGAAAAAGAAAGAAGAAAAAGCUGAACAUGUUAACCAGCUUGUGUGUAAAAUGUGUUCCCAGUCCUUCACAAGCUUUUCUUCCUUACAGCUCCAUAUUUGUGACCUCGGUUCUUCCGUCGAGGAGGUCGAGGAGAUUAGAGAUGAUUUAGUCAGUUCUAAAAAUAACCACACAUGUGAGGAAGAUACGGAAUCAUUUUCAGCUUUGCAACAUCAAAAAUGUGAUAACAAGUCAUCUUCAAAAAUUCAAGAAAAUAGAGAGUCAGAGAAAGGCAGAGAUUCUUUUGAGUUGGAUAAAGGAAGUGACCAGGGACAUGCUGAAGAUUUCAUUUUUGAGAAGGAUCAUGUUGAUAGCAUGGGAGAUUCUGAUUUUGAUACUGAAAAUGUUGAUUCUUUAGAAAAUAGCAACACUUUAUCCUCCAUAACUAAUACCAGUAGGCUAUGCAGUCCAAAAAGUAAUGCUCCUCAAAAUAAAGAAAUUGAGAAUAUCAGGUCAUUAUCACAAAGUGUUGAGUCAUUGGUCACAGAAAAAACAGUGAAUGGUGUAGUGCCAUCAACUGACACUAUGGAGUCAAAGAAUCCAGGUGAACAAAGCAUACCACUGACAGACAUUGAGAAUCUGGAUACAUAUUCCGAAUCUAAUAUCAACAUUAAAUCCAAAAAUGAUGAGGUUUUAAAUCUCCAAUGUCAUGUGGACAAAAAUCCAGAAUCUCUUAUCCAUAUGAAUAAGAACUCCACAUCUAAUGUUUGUGUCAUUCCAUUUGCAGAAGUUGAUGCCUGUCAAGAAUCUAAUGUUCCAAUAAAUGGUAACAUUAAUGCUAACUCCAAAAUUCAAUUGAUUACAAAUUCAAAAUCUGAACAGGAUAAAACAAUGGAAAUCAGUGAUGAAUGUCUCAAAUGUAAAGUUUGUCAAAAAGAAUUCAGCAAGUUUUCCGCACUUCAGCUUCAUUUGUGUGAAGAGUCUUUAAACAAAGAAGAGAGUUCAAAAAUACGAAACCAUAUCACUGGAGACAUACUAUCUCAUUCCAAGGACAUGAAGAAAAUGGAGAGACCUUCUCAAAACUCAAGUCAAUUGGAAAGGAUGGUUACACGAUCCAAGAGCUUUAACACUAAAACUUCCCAAAACACCCCCAGUCUGAAGAUGUCAACGGUAACUAUAUCAAAGGGCAGUGUCAAAAAGGAGAAAGGAAGGUCAGUGAAAAAAAUAGAAUCAAGCCCAGGAUCAUCAACAAAGGAAAAAAUCAUACCUGCCAAAAAUUCAACAGAUCAACUUCCCUACAGAUGUGAGGAAUGCUCCGAGAUGUUCUUGAAGCUUCAUGAGUUAAAGAAACAUUCUUUGAUGGAACACAAGAAAAAAGUUACUUUCACUUGCUCCAUUUGCAGAAAGGUUUUUGAAACAAAGAGCAAACUGGAGAUUCAUCUUUAUUCUCAUGAAUCUGUUCAACCACAUCAAUGUGAAGACUGCGGUCACAAAUUUAAACAUAAGAGAGAUUUAUUGAGGCAUAAACUAAAUCAUGGUGACGAAGGACCAUUAUUUAAAUGCUCAUUUUGCCGAAAAGAAUAUUCCCGCCAAUAUGACUUAAGGAGGCAUAUUGAGUGUGUCCACCCAGCAAAAGCACCUUAUCGAUGUGAAAUUUGUCAUGCUGCUUUUACAAAUUCAGAAGAAUGCAAUAAGCAUUUAACAACCCAUGAAAAGACUCAUCCAUACACAUGCGAUAUAUGCCAAAGAGGCCUUAGCUCACUUCCAAUUCUUAAACGACAUAUGAGGAUGCAUUCAAAUGAAAAGCUGUAUUCUUGUCCAGAAUGUAACAAGGGCUUUAAUCGAAGGCAUGACAUGUACCAACAUGCAAAGAUCCAUGGGACAGAAAGAUUUACAUGUGAUCUAUGUUACAGGAAGUUUGUUACAGACGGAUAUUUACGUAAACAUAUGAAAAAGAAACAUGGAUUAAGCAAUAAUCCUAAUAACUAGCAAUAAUGAA